AGCGCCGCGCGGGCGCGAAGGCUCGGAGGAGGGGAGCUGCGAGGAAAAGACCGAAAAGUGGGGUGGGGGCAGCCCUGGCAUGUGACUGCCGGAGCCCAGUGGCGAUUUUCCGGCGGCGCCCGGGCGCGGGGGAGACGGCUGCUGGUGCGCCGCAGACAGAUGCUCCGCCAGUAGCAAACGAUCAUGGAAGCUCCGGGCGUCGCUUGCGGAAGGCUGCUAGCCUUUCUUCUGCUGCUGCUGCUGCUCCUUGGGAGAUGGCCAGGUGCCGCGGCCCAGAAGCUGGAGGUGCUGCAGUCCCAGGGACCCGAGUCAGUGCCCGCAGGACAGACCCUCACGCUGCCUUGCACGCUCAGGGGGGAUGCCGUGCCCGGAGGUGUGCGGUGGCACAAGGGCUCAGACCGGCAACAGCCCCCGAUAUAUAGCCAGAAAGAGCCCUUUCCCCCCCGAGUGAUCAGGGUCAUUCCUGAAUCAAACACGGACUUCACCAUCCAGAUCACAGACAUCCGACCUGAGGACGCAGGGACCUAUUUCUGUGUGAAGUACAGAUUAAGAGUCACAGGGGAAUCGGAGGAGGCGUCUGGAGCAGGCACGGAGGUGUUGGUGAUCGCUACGCCAUCCCAGCCCGUCAUCACUGCCCCCUCCGGCCGAGUGGCGCCAGGAAGCACCGUCGCCUUCAACUGCUCCACAGGCGGAUUUUAUCCCCGCGACAUCACAGUCACCUGGUUCAAGGGCAGCUCCGAAAUGAAAGCCUCGGACACCGUCGUUCUGCCUCGAGGAGAGAACAUCACCUACCAGGUCUGGAGCACUGUGAAAGUGCAGCUCUCCAGAGAGGACCUGAUGACCCAGCUGCUGUGCAGGAUCACACACAAGACCGUUGUUGGCACCUUGGAGCAAAGUUUUCGGCUUGCCGAUGUCCUCCGAGUCCCGCCCAAGGUGCAGGUGGAAACGAGCCCGCCUUCUCCAGUCAAGUUGAACACCAACGUGACCAUCACCUGCCACGCGCAGGGAUUCUACCCAGACGAGACGAGCCUGAACCUCUUUGACGUUAACAACAAGACCGAAAUGGGGAAGACUUGUCCCUCGACGCAGAACCAGGAUGGGACGUUCUCCAUCAAGAGUUCCCUGGAGUUGAUGGCAACCGAAGAGCGGAAUAUGUCGGCAUUUACUUGCCUGGUGGAGCAUAAUUCUCAGCCUCCCUUGAACGGAACGGUGACGCUGGUCAUCAAAGUGCAGGCUGAAGAGAGUGGAAGUCCAAAUACUCUUCCAGGUAGCUCCACAAACAUUUACAUCAUCGUUGCCGUGGUCUGUGCGCUCCUCGUCCUGCUUGUGGUAGCUGUAAUCUACUUCAUCCAAGUACAGCACAAAAAGGGUAAAGACCCCACAUCUGUAAGGCUACAUGAAUCCGAAAAGGCUUCUGGGGGAAUGAAUCAGGACCCCGAUCCCAACAACGUCACCUACGCAGACCUAAACUUCGACAAGUCCCCGCCAAAGAGCCCCCCGCAGGUGGCGGAUCUCAGCCAGCAGUCCGAAUAUGCCAGCAUCCAGACCGGCAAACCAGCCGCCAACGACGACAACGUCACCUAUGCAGAUUUGGACAUGGUGCACCUGAGCAAAGGACCCAAGAGACCGGCUCCGCGGCCCGAGCAGGCCGGCUCGGAGUACGCCAGCGUCGAAGUGCAGAGCAAAUGAUUCCUGGCUCCCGGCUGGCCCUCCGGCAGGGCUGCCCAAGACCUCCUUGGCCUCGGCCUCGUCCUCACGCUAGGCCUCCGUGGAGUCACCCUGGGGCCGCCUGCCAGGCAGGGCUCCUGCAGCUUCUUCGAGUGGAACUUCAGGUGUGCGGCCAAGGUCGAGCAGGAAGCAAAUCGGUGCUACUACACACACAUUGCAUCCUGAUGUUUGGACCGGUUCAUCGUGCCUCUUCCUCCCCCGUUAACCCAGUGGAUGGGAGAGGCCCAGACCGACGAAGGCUUGGCACAGCUUUUCGCACUGGAGCAAGGACUUGCGAGUCAUCGGCACACAAGACCGAGCGAGAGAUGCAUCAAGGGGGUCCGUCCUCUCUGGCACGUCUUCUCUCCUUCCUUCCGAGGUGACAGAGUCUUCUCCGCAGCUGUCUUCAAAUGCCUCCUCCCAUUUGAUCACCCCAGGCAACUCUGCCAGGGGAAGGAAGCUCUGGGAAGCGAUCUGCUCUUGAGGAGACUUGGAGAUACGCAAGAGAAAGGAAGGCCCUCUUUCCCUGGGCGUGGGAAGCUGCUUUCGGCACCAAGAUGUCUGUUUCACUUUGUAUUGCUAUAAUCCACAGAAACGUCUCUCUCUCUCUCUCUCUCUCUCGCUCUCUCUCUCUCUCGCUCUCUCUCUCUCUCCCCUUGACAAUAUGUCUUGGGACAGUGCCUCUUUGAGAUGCAGCAACUAGUUGUGGGUCCAAACUUCCCUCUUUCCAUCUCACCUAGCCCUGAGGCCUUCCCCUGGCAAAGCCAAAUCUGUAGAAAGCCUUUCGACAUGUCCUCCUCCCUUUUCUUUUCCAAUCUGCUUUCAUUUUUCUUUCCCAAGUGUUAUUAGGACAGGGAGGCCUUGGACUCGCGCUGCAGCCUCUGUGAUAGGCUUGAGCCUUAGACAACUAGGGACCAAGCUAAGGAAUCUUUUUGGUUCCUCUACCUUCCGGUACCCUCUUCAUUUCCUUCCAGAACCCUUCUGAAAUCUGGCUAAAUGGAUACAUGUGUGCAUCCAUGUAUGUGUGACACACACACACACAAAUAUAGACACAUGCAUGCACGCACACGCUUGACAAGUGGCUGUCUUUUCUCAGUCAUCAAAAACAAGGCAACUUGUGGGAUCGGAGGAGAACGUGCCUCCCAAGCCAGCUCUUCCCCGGUGAGCGCGUCUGCCCAUCUCUGGACCCCCUAGCUGCCCCACAACUGCACCCAGGCCAGGGGGGCCCCUGACCUGCACGCUCCCUCAGCUCCACCAAGGACGUGGCUCUGCCUGGGAAGUUCACUGGGCUCACAAAUGCGCAGUAACCCAAACCAACCAGCUGGCCCGGGAUGGGACAGAGCUGGCCACAGGACUUGGGGGAGCGGCCACAGAGGGAGGGAGGAGGCAGCUCGGAGGGCACAGCAGGCCUGAUGUCCCACCUGUGACCUGUGAGGGAGCAGCCCCUGUGCAAGCACCUCCACCCGGGGCCAGAACGGCGGACAGUCUUGCUGCACCUUGACCCCGCACCUUCUGGUCACCCAGCUCGUCCCCUCCCGCGAUGUCCAGCCACGCUCUUCCAUGCCGAGAGGAUUGCGCUCGCCUUCCGGGACUUCCAUCUUGGCCAGACCCACGGCAUUUCUCCGCUUCUCCUUUGGCCUUGCCCAUUUUCCACCCCGAUGCGCAGGGAACGUGGGGAGACCACAGGAGAAAAGAAUAGCACUUCUCUGCCCACAGGGGCUGGGGGGUCAGCCCCCCCAAGAGAUGUUGUACCACCCUGUGUUGACUGUUCAGCAUUAUAACUGUUUACUCCUUUUAGAACUAAAAAAACAAAAAAAUACCAGUAUUUGUGUGUGUUCUUUGUAAGUGGGUGUAGUACUGUGUACUUAGCACUAGUGUGAAAAGCACAAAAACAGAGUAAGGGAUGAAGUGCUGGGGAGAAAAUUAACGCCAAACUGUCUUUUCCCAAUGACUGAGGCAUCAUAACCAACCUUCUGUGUCUCCCGCCGCUGGUAACCAAAACUCCUCCUCUUGUUUUCUUGCGGCUCUAUGUUCCUUUUCUUUGUUGUUAUUAUUAUUAUUAUGCAGUUUUGUGACUAACGGAAAUGUGGCAGGUACGAAAGGAAGCAGGAACGAGUGCUGUGGGAGAAGUGAUGUCUUCCAAAUCUUCUUCCACCAAUUCUCCACCCACACCUUAGAUCCAUCUUUGACCCGAGGAGGUUUCCAGGUGCAGGAUGAUGAGAAUGAAACUUCAGUGGGGUUUAGCUGGUAGAAUCUUAAAGGAUUUUGCAUUCUCCUUGGAAGACAGAUGAUAAGUUCCACGUAUCAUUUCCAUGUCUUCUGGCUGUUAACAGAUGGCUUCCAGUUGGCCCACUGAUGUCCAUUGUGUAGCCUCUGGUCUAUUAUCCUCCCUGCACACUUUGAAGAAUGCCAUAACCAUGAAAGCAUGUUGGAGACACAGAAACAACUCCUCUUUGGGACUCUGAAUAGUGCAGAGGAAACAUUUUGGGCUCACUGACAAUGCUUCAUUCUCCUGCCGGACUGUCUUUAUAAUGUCAUUUGGGAAGACAUCUACCUUCCUAGUAUGAGAAAGGGGAGACUUAAGUGUGUGAAAUGUAGAUGCCGUCCUGGAAUUUCGCAAAUUGUAGGCUUCUCAUGGAAGCAUCUUGUCCUCCUGAUGUUCUGAGGAAAUCUCCCUUCUGCCACUUCCUCUGGGCUGUUUCCAUUUUUUUUUAAAGAGGUGAACUGAGAAAUACAGUGUUUGGGUGGUCCUCAGAGCAAACCAGAUGUCCCCAUAAGCAAGCAGCUGCUGCCAAAAAUGGCAACCCCAUGCCUUCUUCCUUCUUCCUCUUCGAUACUGUCUCACCCAACUUGGCCGUGGACAUUCUGCAGUUCCUCACCCCAGAUUCCACAGCACUGGCUGCUGAGAAAAACCAGAUCUUCGCGACAUGACUCCGUGUCAUGAAGAUCCAGUAGGGUGGUGUAAAUUGGUGAGCUGCAGCAGCGAGGGGUUGGACCUGAUGGUCUUCUUGGCCCCUUCCAACUCUACUAUUCUAUGAGUCUAUGAUUCCGUGUGUACGUUUGAAAGACGUUAUGCAGGGGGAGAAGGAAGUCAGCCUGUGGACGCCAUUCUGGGUACACGGUCUUUGGUCACCAUGGCUGUGUCUUACCUUACCUGGGCCCUGAGACAAGACGGCAAUGUAAUACCAGCUGGUCAGUGCCCCUUCCUGUGCGCCCCAUCCGUUCCCUUCUCUUCAGUGGCGUUAGAUGGGGGUGAAUGAAAGUCCACCGAUACGGUUGCUUGGAAUACUUUAGCUGGUCAGGGCCAGCCCCAGCCGGAGGCGUGGAAGCCACUCUGCGUAGCCUCGUCUUUAGCCCUGGUUUUUCAGGGAGGAAUAUGGGGCCAGGGAGGAGGGAAAUCCCAUGAAGCAGUUUGGAUAUAUUUGUUGUGGAGAAAAAAUAAAAUAGGUGAUUGUUCGUAUGAAUUGCACCUUAAGUUUUGUUUUUUUCAUUUUGUUUUGUUUUUCGCUUGCAAGAUAUUUUUGUAAUAAAAGGUUAAAAGUCU